UUUUUUUUUCUUUCUUUCUUUUUGUCUAUUAUGCAAUCCUUGGUAUUUUCUAUUUUGUUCUUUUUAUAUAUAUAUUAUAUUAUGCCUAGUAUUGAUCAUUUAUGGACAACACCAGAAGACAUGAUGCCAACUUCGGCAUUGUCUGUAUCCCCUAUCAUGACACAUUCAUUGUUUGAAGACACACAAGACCGUAUUGGCAUUGUGUUACCACCACCACCACCUACACGAUGGACAAGAAGAUUAGAAUCAAGGCGACUUUAUCAAUGUUUAAAUGAACAAGCUUGUAAUACAUCUCCAUUGUUAACUGAGAAUGGAGAGACUAUCUAUACAAUGUUGGAUUUUGAUGUCAUUUAUGAUGACGGAGGACAAUAUGGAGCCAUGUAUGGUGUAGAGAAUGUAUUGUCAAAUGAUGGUUCUGUGUAUUGUUCAGGAAGAAAAGGAACUGUCAAUUUGUUAUUACAGUACUGUGGUUAUGUCAAAAGUAAGAUUAUUGCAGACACAAGUUGUUCUGUGUCCAAGAUGAUCAUUAAAGCACCGCAACAUGGUUUUACUGCGCCUUGUAAAGAAGGACUGGUGUUCAUUUCACAUAAAGAAAUCAAUGUACAAGACACUGCUAAAUUUGAUCAUUUUACAAGACAGCUUUAUGAAGAAUACAAGCAAACACAUCAAGAUGACACAGACCCAGUCGCAUGGUUUACACUCGCACAAGAUAGAACAUGUACCAUUGACUUAGAAACAAGAUCAGGAAAAUACAUGCUGAUUAAACUAUUAAGAGCAGAAGUUGAGUCUGAUAAUAUUGAUGUACAAUAUAUUGGUUUAAUAGGCUAUGCUGGUGCAAGAUCCUUUGUGUCUGCUAAAUUACGAUAGGUGCACACCCUAUAAAUAAAAAAAUAAAAUAAAAAAAUCUAUCGC